AUGUUAUUACAAAAUCAAAAUCCAUAUGGCACAUCUAUCGAAGCCCUAAUAAGUACAAAUUUAAUGAUGUUCGAUGUAAGUUAUGAAGAUCGACUUUACAGUAGCUCCAGCGAUGUAGCAUAUUAUCAGGUUGCAUAUGUCGUUAUGAUCUUUACAGCUAUUGUUUUUUGCAUUUUUAUUAUUAAUCUAAUGAUUGGUCUUGUUGUUGGUGAAAUUCCAAUCUUAAUGGAUGAAGAUACUCUUCGAGGUAACAAAAUGCUCUGCAAUUUUGUAUCCGACGGUGAAAUCUUACGUUUACAAUUUCAUCGAUUCUUUAAAUUUAUAAGUUGCCAUCAUAAGAAUCUACUUCGAUGUAUACGUACUGGACCUGUUAUCCUUUUAACAUACGAUGAAAGAGAUCACGCAGUUAUUUAUACUCAACCUAAAGUCAUGCUUGCAGAUUUCGAAUAUCAUGUACAGUCUAUUCACCAAUCAUGGGAACAACGUGAACCGGCACCGGAAAUAAAAUUCUCUCUAUGGCAUACGUUUAAACAUCAUAUACCACGUUUUAUUCUUACUGUUGUGUUUGAUCUCGUUCUUCCACUUGUUCUUUUUUUCGUUUUACAAAAGCGAAUCGGUACACUUUAUGCCCUAUUAAUCUCAGGUGCACCACCAUUGGUCAUGGUUAUUCUUAAAGCAAUUAUAUCACGAACACUGGAUGCGCUUGGUCUUCUUAUUUUACUUGGUUUUAUUAUUUCGGCUAUUGUUGCACUUAUCACAAAGAAUGAUACAGUACUUCUGCUAGAAAAAUCGCUAGUCACAGGUGUUGCUUCUAUUAUAUUUGCCGUUUCAUUAAUUCCAAUCCCAUGUUGUUGUAAACGAUGGCAUUGGCGACCACUUGUAUACUUCAUCUAUCAAGAUUUAUUACCAACGAAACGAAAAGAUAUUGGAUUACCUGAUGAUAUAUUCAAUCAUGAACCAAAUUCAAUGUAUGGAUUCUAUGAUUCGAAAAAGAAAGCUGAUAAAAAGGAAGUAGCACAAGUCUACAAUUGGCUAUAUACACAUUGUCGAUCCUUUCGUCGAACAUGUUAUAUAUUAACGAUCAUUUGGGCCAUUGGAUUAUUCUUAGAAUUUGUUGGCCGAUUAAUCCUUAUUUUUGUCAAUUUAAGCGUCAAUCAAAUUUAUAUUUAUGGACAUGUUAUCUUAGGUGUAGCAGUCGGCAUAUGCGGUAUAUUAACAGUGAUUCUCGUAUCACGAGAACGUAAAAAAACGAUAGCUUUUGUUAAACAAUGGAAUCAAGGAUAUGGCGAUGUAGAAGAUCCAGAAAAACAACGAUCCAGUCUUUCUCUUUGGCUUAUAGGAAACAGUCCCACUUCCAAUGGAUUCGUGUCUGACAUAGGAAUGCUAAUAAUUACAGCUAUAGAUUCUUUCCGUUUCUAA